AUGGCUCAAUCGUUCUCCCAUGUUGCAACAGCGGCCAACGGGCUGACAACGCUAGGAGUUGUUGACGACGUACGUGUCAAACUGGGCACAACUGGGAUGGCUCUGGAUGUCCGCCAAUGUCCCAAGCCGCCAAAAUGCCCCGCAGUGGAAACUGGUGCUGCCCCGAGCACCGGUGCAAGAUAUUGGGCAUGUCCCAUCUGGAUUAUGCGUGAUCUCGCACACCAGGUGGACAAGGCCCUCGCCGCUGGCCCUCCAAUGUCGGAUCUGAGUAUCCGAGUGAGCCAGCCUGGGGCCCAUUCCAUUGCUCUCGAGCGUGAAUCUCAGGGCCGAGGACGGGUCUGCCUGAGCGAGGAGAACGAAACCUUGGACGGCAUCCGCCUGCUCGAAUGUGUUCAGGUCUUGGUUCUUGUAGCCCACGAUGUUGAAGUUGCUGUCGGCGAGGAAUACAGAGCUGUCUUGCUUACAGUAAUGGACAGGGUUGUGGUCGUCGGAAUCCUGAGGGUGUAUAUGCUAGUCACCGUGGAACCCAAGGGCUCUCCGAUACAGCUGCACGCUGAUGAGAGAGCUUCACCCUCGGAAUAA